AUGACGACGCCGAUUCGCAGGCUAUCCUCAGCCCUCAAAAACCUCAACUUAAACCCCACCGCCACGGCGGCAGCCACUGCCGUCCGCUCAUUUUCCACUAAUCGAACCACCGUAAAAGGCAGAACCGGGGAGGACGAGUGGAACGACGCUUGGGAAACAGCAUGGCUUCCCAACGACUCGACCGGAAAAUCACAACGCGCCCCAUGGGAGUCCGAUGUCAGCCUCUCCCUUCCCGUCGCGGAUCACAAUUCCCAAACUGCCCCCUCCUCCCCGACGGAGCAGAUGGAUCCCGAGACCCAGGCUUUUGUAGAGGACAUGAACGAUAACUGGGAUCAGAGGAAGGGCAAAUCGGUCAGAAAGGGCACCGAUCGAGAUGCCGGCAAGCCGGGACCGGGAUCUUCGUCUUCUUCUCCGCUUUACAGCUUGGAGAACAUCAAGAGGGAUUAUAGGCUGACGAAGCAGAAAAUACACGCGGGGCUGUGGGUGAAGGAGAUUGAGAAAAUGGAGGAGGCUAAAUUGGGGGAUUCCGUUUAUGGAGACGACGAUAUUGAGAAACUACUCGAUAGCGCCUCUGAGAUAUUUGAUUCUGCAAACAAUGAUUUUGGGGACCCGAAAGCUGGCGACUCUGAGUUAAAAAACAAGCCUGAUGGCUGGGAAACAACAUCAAAAGCUCAAGAUGGCAAUGCUUGGGAUUUGUCACAAAGAGAAGAAGAUAUUUUAGUUCAAGAAUUUGAGCGCCGUAUUGCAUUCAAUAAAUUCCAGAUCGCGAGCUUCAUAAAAACGCACAUAUUCAGCCGGAGGAGGCCGAUUGAUGGAUGGAAGUACAUGAUAGAGGAAAUUGGACCAAACGCGAGGAAGGGGAAAGGAAGUGUUUCGAGGCUGCCCAGUGUGUCGGAGGAAUCCACUCAGCCUUUCAGAGAGGAAAAGCCUUCCACUUCUACCGGUGCUUACUCGUCUCCUAAAGGCCGAUGA